AUGUCGGUUCGUGUGGUCGCGCGUAUCCGUCCCCUCCUCGAAAAGGAGUUGGAUAAGGACGUCAUUGUCCGCGCGGACAGCACUGAGCCGGGCAAGCCAGCCACGUUGGUCAAGAUUCCGAGUCCGAAGAACGAAAGCGAGGAGUUCUCCUUUGCCUUCACCAGCGUCUACGACCAAUCGACGACACAGGACGCACUCUUUACAUCAGAGGUUGCACCACACAUCAAGGCACUCUUCCAAGGUCUCGAUGUCACUAUCUUCGCCUAUGGAGUCACGGGAACAGGCAAGACGCACACCAUGAGAGGUGGACUGAAGCUGGCAGAUCGCGGUGUAAUCCCGCGGCUGCUGAGCGGUGUGUAUCGGCGCGGUAAGAAGAUCGCCAAAGACACCGGCGGCAAGACGAAUGUCGACGUUGUCUUAUCAUACUACGAGAUCUACAACGACAAGGUCUUUGACCUGUUCGAACCCCCCGAGAAACGUCAGCCCUCCGGCCUUCCCCUCCGCGAAAAAGAUGGCAAGACGAUGGUAGUGGGUCUGUCCGAACGCGCUUGCGAGGACCUCCAGGACUUUUCCCGACUCUACAUCGAGGCGAAUAACAACCGUGUCACGGCAUCAACGAAACUCAACGCCCACAGCAGUCGAAGCCACGCCAUCAUGAGAAUCAAGGUGACCCAAACGACGGGAGACCAGAUCCGCGAAAGCGUGGCUUCGGCCAUUGACUUGGCUGGCUCGGAAGACAACCGCCGUACCGACAAUGGGAAGGAGAGACUUGUAGAGUCUGCGGCCAUCAACAAGAGUCUUUUCGUCCUGUCGCAGUGCAUUGACGCCAUCUCACGAGGGGACAAACGGAUUCCUUACCGCGAGUCAAAGAUGACGCGCAUCCUCAGCUUAGGCCAGAACAACGGCAUCACCGUCAUGAUCUUGAACUUGGCUCCCAUCCGGAGCUACCAUCUGGACACUUUGAGCAGCUUAAAUGUCAGCUCGAGGGCCAAGCGCAUCGAGGUCCGCGAAAUUGAGAACGAAGUCGUCUUCAAGCAAGUCCCGCGUACGAACUCGGGCAGUUCUACAUCCACCCUACGACAACCUCUCCGCCCCUUGUCCAAUGCCCACAACAUUCACAGUGGCACUAUUGCAGCCAAGGCAACCGAGAAAGCUGCCGAUCCGACGCGACCGGUGAAGCUUUUCAACGUGUACACCGACCGUAGCAAGUCUGCUGUUCCCGUCCGACCGACUGCCAACAUGACGCAGACCCGGAAGCCCCUCGUCGAACGCGAAUUGCCAGUCAAGGCUAGCAAACUUGCACGGCCGUCGCAGUCCUCCCUGAUUGCUCAACCAAACCAGCCAGCUCAACCAGCCGAACAAAAGCUUUCCAUCUCUGCAGAGCAGUUGGAGGCCAUCGUCGAGAAAAAGGUUAGCGAGAUUCUCGCAUCUAGGGAGAACAAAACGGCAGAGCCUGCGCCUGCACCUGCUCAUCCCGACAUCAACGAUGCUGUGCGGCGCCGAUUGGAAGCACUGGAGCGCCGGAUUGCGAAUGAGGAGCGGGAACGCGAUGAUGGUCGCUCAGAGGGCCUACGCUUCUUGCUGGCUGCUAGACAGGCCAAGGAGACUGGCAACGAUGUUGUGGCGCUUCAGAUGUACGAGGAGGCCCUUCCUUUCUUCCCAGGCCAGGUCAAGCUAUUGGGCAAGAUUGAGAAGCUGAGGGUCAAGCUUGGAAACAUGCUUCCCACCAAGUCUCUACCAGUGUCAUCCUCUCCCCGCAACGGACACGAGAAGAAACGUAGAAGAAUUGCUGCCGAUGACAGUGACGAAGAGUACCAACAAGGCGGAGGGGACGAAGACAUGAGUUUUGUGGACGUUGCUGCGAAGACGAAGAGCCGAAAGGCAAAGCCCGCCAAACCUCCCAAAAUGGUCCUCCCCGACCCGGCAGGACCAGCUUCUCCCCGAACCCAAAAUUUGUUGAGCAUCGUCAACUCGCGAGACCUUACCCAAAUCAAGGGCUUGCACGGAUUCGGGUCGAAGAAGGCCCAGGACCUCGUCGAUUACUUGGAAACCAUGGCGGAUAAGGAAGGCGCCGAGAUUGCGAUUGAGAAUUUGGCGCAGCUGAAGACCAUCCCUGGAAUGGGUGGCCGGACUGUCGAGCGUGCUUACGACGGCCUUGUUGGACUAGCCAUUUGA